AUGAAAAUCGAAUGCAAAUCGAUAAAUGCAUUUAGGCCCGUCGGCUUCUGGGGCAAAAUUGUCGGCUCUUUGUGCGUGAUCGCUGGUGUGCUGACAAUCGCACUGCCGGUACCGGUUAUCGUCAGUAAUUUCAAUUACUUCUAUCACCGCGAAACGGAUCAGGAGGAGAUGCAGAGCCAAAAUUUCAACCACGUUACAAGUUGUUCAUAUUUACCUGGUGCACUAGGUCAACAUUUGAAGAAAUCCUCACUCUCCGAGUCGUCAUCGGACAUCAUGGAUUUGGAUGAUGGCAUUGAUGCAACCACGCCAGGUCUGACUGAUCAUACGGGUCGCCACAUGGUGCCCUUUCUGAGGACGCAGCAAUCCUUCGAGAAGCAGCAGCUCCAGCUGCAGCUCCAGCUCCAGCAGCAGCAAGCGCAGCAGGGACAGCAGCAGAUGGGCCAGAAUGGCCUGAGGAGCACAAAUAGUUUACAGUUAAGGCAUAAUAACGCGAUGGCUGUCAGUAUUGAGACCGACGUCUGACUACUAGGUGAGUGCUGGGCGAGCCACAGAGCUGUUGCUGGGAUGGGAAAUGCAUGGGUGCACAGUUUUACAAACGAGUAACUAAUCCAGUCACGUAUGUACGAACAUUUUAAGCAGUUCCUCCUUAGUUAAAUAUACCUACUACUAUUAUCUACUAACACUAGUCUACUAAUAAUCGUUUUGACUGUCCGUAGGGACCUUAAGUAAAUUUCAUAGGCACAAAUACCUAGAUACCCACUUCCCAACACUGGCUGCAAGUACGGGUACUGCAAUGGGUCGGUCAAGGUAUUUGGGAUGACUCUCUAUGGAAUUACUAUCUAUAUUUCUUCGAGUGUAUAUGUAUUUCCAACGUUCUUAUGUUGCAGUCAAACAAAUGGAAAAUGGACGAAAUUUGCGCAGUGAAAUGCUACGUUGGAUGCCAGAAACGUCAUCAAAAGCAGUCUAAUUUAGAAUUUUAUUAAUAAAUACAAUUAAAAUAAUAAUAAAUAAUAAUAAUAAUACUUAGUAAGCAGCGUAGUUGUAAAUUAAACAGCAAAUGUAAAACACAGCCACACACAGAUACAGACAUACACACACACACACACAGACACACAUACAGACACACUCAGUGGCAGUUCACUCAGCUUGAAUUAGAGUAUUCGUAUUCGUAGACACCAAAGAGUCAAACUUGGACUGGCUUUCAAGAAGGAUUUUCCUUUUUUUUAAUUUAUUUCUCUUCUCUUAAUCUCACAGACACACCACACACACGACACACACACACACAACACAGAAACACACACUCGAAGAAGAUAAAGAAAAACUCUACUUGAUACCUAUGUUCAAAUUUAGCAACUAAAACUAACAAUCGUUAUAGUCAACAACAAAACAACAAAAACAACAACAAAACAGAUACAAACAAAAAAAAAAACAAAACCAAAAAAAAAAAACUAAAAAACUAAAUCAAAUUAUCUUAGUAGACUAAUCUAAUUGGAGUUUCUUCCUUUCUUUAGAAGCUAGCAAAACAAAACAAAACCAAACCAAACAAAAACAUC